AUGUUAUGGAAUAUUCUAUUAUUGGCAUUGUCGUGGAGUCUCGGUCAAGGUAUUUUUUUCAUUCAAAUAAGUAUAACUACUCUAGCAGCUACAAGUUUUACCAACUGGUAUCUGGCAACAAUUCCUCUUGGUUCUAUGCUCUUUGCUGCUACUAUUUGGUCUGUAUUUUUACCACGAGUUAUUGCUCGUUACGGCUAUCGACCUCCAUUUUAUUUCGGUACUCUGAUGAGUAUGAUUGGAGCUGGACUUUGUAUUAUAGCAGCAUGGUUUAAACUCUAUUGGUUACUAAUAGUGAGUGCUACAUUUGUUGGUGGACAAGUACCAUGUACAUUCUACUAUCGUCUGGCAGGAUUACAAUUUUCAACACAAGAAUUUGCUUCAAAAGCCAUUGCAAUGGUCACUGCUGGCGGUUGUCUUUCUGCUUUUAUUGGGCCAGAAAUAGCCAAACUUAUGAUCAAUGUACUUCCAAAGCAAUACAGUGGUGCUUAUUUAGCAGCAUUGCGUGAAUGUGCGACUAAAGAUUUACGAAUAGAAAUAACACGUAACGACAGACAAGUAAAAACUUCAGAAUUAAAUAUACAAGUUGGUUCAGAGUUACAUGUUAAAUAA